CUAUAAAAACUCAGAAAACAUGAAAAAUCUUAAUCAGUUGGUGUGGAAGAGAAAUCAAGAUGUUGUUGACCAGCAUUUUCGCAUUAUUAUGCAUCAGUGGAGCUUAUAGUCAAUGGAUAAACAACUGGGACCAAACUUUUACCUACUCUUGUCCUAAUCACAAAGCAAUUUAUGCUCUUGUAAGUACACACGAUAAUCAUUAUGAGGACCGUCGAUGGAGACUACCUUGCUACAAGUCGUUUUCGCAAGGCGUAUCGCACUGGACCAAUCAUUACGUCAAUGACUUUGACAAAUAUUUCCAAUUUGUCUGUCCUCACAACUAUGUUAUCACUGGAAUGAGUGCAUUACAUAGCAACCAUCACGAAGAUAGAAGAUAUAAGUUCAGAUGCUCGUUAUACGUAGGAAGAUAUCAAACUGCUUGCCAAUGGACAGGCUACUUGAAUCAGUUUGAUCAAAGUUUGCAUUACCAUGUGCCAAGCACGCAUUUCUUGACAGGAAUUCAGAGUUACCAUAGCAAUCACUACGAAGAUCGUCGAUUUUCGGCUCGCAUUUGCAAGUUUGUGGCGUCACGAUAGAAGCAAGCCUGGAUAUUAAGGCGUUUUUUGAAUAUUUUUUGAGCAAUAAAAUUAAUGCUGUUACCAAA